AUGGAGGGGCUGAAAACCCUGGGACCCCGUGGCCACUCCCACCCCCAGUGCCCCCAACCCCCAGCUUCGAGCAGCCAUGGAGGAUGCCUGGACCCACCCUGCCAGUGGUUUGUAAGGUGGCCCUGCAUGGUGCCUCUCAGCUCCACCCACUCAGUGGAGACUGCCAGGCCUUUCCCAGCCCAGGGGACAGGGGGUGGGGGGCCCAGGGUCGGUGACGAGGUACCUGGGAACUUUAUCACAGGUGAAGAGGGAGAGGUGCAGCGACAGAGGCCGCGAGACCACCCGGCGGGGGUGAGACAAGGACAAGUAGAGAUGGGGCUGGGGUGGGGCUGGCCCCUGCACUCAGGCCGAGAGCAGGGGACACCCACGCAGGGGGCGUGGCCCAGCUCAGGGCCCAGACCCUGCCCUUGCCCGCCCCUGACCCCGAGGGCAGGGACCCCAGCCUCGCCCAGGGCAGCCCCCUCUCAGCUCCAGAGCAUGCUCCUGGGGCCUGCAGAGCAGUCCUUUCUCCAGCUGGAGCAGGGGAACCAGAAUCUGAAAAGGCAGAACCAGGACACGCGGGAGCAGCUGGGGGCCCUCCUGGGGCCGGGGCAGCAGUUCCUGCCCUUGUGCCCAGAGCACUCGAGCUGCACAGCCCUGACCUGGCCCCUUGAGCAGGCCAGCGCCCGGCCCCUGAAGGACAGGGCCCCUCUGCAGCUGCUGCGGCAGAAGCCGUGUCGGGGGAAAGAGUCCUUCGUGCAACAGUCCCAGAACGAGCUGCAGCAGAUCCGACUGUCCUUUGAGAGGAAGAAGAUGGCCAUCACCGAGGUGUGGGACGGCGUGGCCGAAGUACACAUGGCCCUGAACAACCAGGCCACCGGGCUCCUGAACCUCAAGAAGGACAUCCGGGGUGUGCUGAACCAGAUGGAGGACAUCCAGCUGGAGAUUCUGGGGGAACGGGCCCAGUGCCGCACCCAGGUCAGGAAGGAGCAGCAGAUGGUGUGCAUAGGGGUAACCCCUCUCCCGCGGAAGGCACGGCCGCAGCUGGGAUGUUCCGAGGGCCGCAAAGGCCAGCUCUGGCUGCUGGCCCUGAGGUUGCUGCUGGGUGCCCUGCUAGCCUGCACCGCCGCCUACGUGUACAUGGUGGACCCCGUGCCCUUCGAGGGGCUGGUGCCGCCCCUGCUGAGCCGCGCCACCAUCUGGAAGUUCCGGACCCUGCUGGGCCCGUUCCUGCGCCUUGAGGUGGAUGACUUCCUGCCCUUCUAG